AUGCUGAAGAAACCGCCAAACUAUGGCAUUCUCUUGAUUCUUAUGGGGGAUGGGGGGAAUUUCCAAGUGACAAAAGGGGAGCGCUGGGAUUCCAAGUGGGGUUUAGCCGUCGAGAGCCUUGCGAGAGAACAAAACUGCAGACAAAAAGUGAGGCAAGCCACUGAGCAUCGACGGGAUGGGACCGGCAUGGGGGAUCCGACAGGAUCAGACGCGACGGCGGAGGAUCCUCACGAUCGGCGCCCAAAGUCUAAUGGCAGAGCCCAAGAGCCGAGAGGUGUAACGCGCGAACGUCAUGACUAUGACGGCUUUGAUGCUACCAUCACGACUACUGCUCUGCCCCCUCCUGCGCCAGUCACCCUUCACCCAUUCGAAAGCAUGGGAUCGGCGCCGUUCCAUCACGGCCAGUGUUUACGCAACGCGCAUGACGUGGGACCCCCCAACCAUCCUAGCCAGCAUGAACGCCGAACCUGGGGGCGCGAAAGAUUGACGGAGGCCAUGUCUAAUGGUCGGGCUGGCUUCGUGGAGGAGCAACUCCUCCGACAGGGAUUCGAGGAUGUGCUGAUCCAGGAGCGCGACACACCCGGAAAUCAUGUCACCGGAAGGCCCACGGGGAUCCACUUCGGACCAGACGUCCAAACUGGCAGGCCGGAGUACGAGUCGCAACGAGACCCUGCCGUGGGAUCUCCCUCGCUCUCGCAUCGGAUCCAGCCUGGGUUGGGAGACAUGGCCGCGCCAGAGGAGGACCUGCUCUUCCCGACCCUCGUCUCCGAUGCGAUGACGGCGGACCCAACUCAAUCCAUGGGCAAUCGGGCGCUGCCAGUGACAUCACCCGCAGUGGAUACUUUCCUACGGAGGGGGUGGGCGCAUCUCAAUGGCGAUCUAAUGAUCCCCGUCUCCAUCGCAUCUGGACCAAGUGCCGGCGCGGGGGAGGAGCUAUCGCACAUCGUCACCACACGCGCCCCGUUGCUAGGAACCCCUGCCCUCGUUCUCGACGCACGACCUGUUCCCUGGCGCCCGGCUAUCAAUGGAAACUUCCAUGCAGCGUGUCCUGUCUGA